AAAGAAAAACUGUUUAAAUUUGACGUGCAAAAAAUUUGUCAUAUAAAAUUUUAUGUAACUUAACUUGGUAAAUUUUUCGUGACCUGGAACAAAACAAUGGAUAAAAUUGUUACCGAAAAUCUUUUUCUUUUGGAAUUUCUCGUUGACAAAGUGGACAUUCAAUGUAACGAUCCUUGCAUGCCGUGCAUGACUGAAAACAUCUGCGUUUCUGUACAGUUCUUGGAUAAUGCCCCGUUAGAUAUUUGCGAAGACGAUUUUCAAUCAGCAUCUAAAUCAGAAUGUGGUGGUAAAGAAAGUGUCAAAAGCGGAAAGUCCUGUUUGUUUUCACUAACCCCAGAACAAGCUUGUGAUGCCAGUAAACAAUUUGAUGUUUUUGUUAACAUUUAUCAGAAGGCCGAACCGGGCGUACUACCAGACAAAGUACCAAUUGGUUGUUCAUUAAUUUCUAUUGUUAAUUUGUUUAACGAGUUAAUAGAGUCAGUUGCCCAGUCCACAGGUCAAUCCCCUACUGCAAAAACAUUAAAGGACACAUUUGAGAUUCGAGGUCCAACAUGCGAAGUUAUUGGCUGUCUUAGCAUGUACAUUAGGAUGUCAUGCUUUGGAAAGUUGAUCGUUACACAAUUUCAAAUGAAUCUUACCGACAAGACAGUGCUUUUCAAAGAUAAAGAAGGCCAUUCUUUAUACAGAUAUAAAAAGGCAAAGAAGAGCGGAUCAGACGUGUGUUCCAGUCAAAAUGGAAGAGGGUCUGGAGCAAGACGUGGACCCUCAAAUCCAAACUGCCCUCGCACUCCUUGUUUUGGCGGUGGCGGAGGAGGUAGCUGUCCUGGAGGAGGAAGUUACGGCGGAGGAGGAGGCUAUGGUGGGGGAGGAGGCUGCGGUGGAGCAGGAGGAAGUUAUGGAGGAGGGGGUGGUGGUUGUAAUGGAAAUCAGCAAUAUGAUACACCAUGCAAUGAAUGUGGUAGAAUGGGUGGACCUGAGCCUCCACCUUGUGGUUAUCCGAUGGGCAACCAAUACGGUGCUAUGCAACAGUAUACAGGAGGCGCCAUGGCACCUCAAUUCGAUGAUCCUCCAGGAAAUUACGAGGAAAUCGGUGCCUCUAUGGGUGGUAAUAAGCUUACUUUGCGAGUACAUAAAGACAACAAAAUCGAGCAAGUUGGAGAAUGUGCUGAUUCGGGCAGUUGCGCUUGUACAGUGGAAAAUAUAGGAAAAGGGGUUACAGGAAACGUCCAAGUAAGCCCGUGUCAAGGCGGUGGGGGAAACCAAAUGGCUAUGUCGCCCGCUGCCAACAAUCGUCCUUUUGACUUUAAUGUAGGAGCAUGUGGCGGGGGUGGUGCACAAAAUGCGGGAGGCAUGGGACCUCCCAUGUGUACCGACAAAAACGGAGCCCAAAAUGCAAACUUAACGGAUCCGAACAAGGAAGUUUUCAUCUUGAGAAUAGGGAAAAAAACUGAAGGCGCGAACAAGAAGAAUAAUUUGGAAUUAGAAUUAUGUACACCAAAAGGACCCGAAUUGAAACCUCCACCUCAGAAAUGUUCUAGAGAUACCCAAUUUGAUCCGGCGCUUUCUGGGACAGAGAAGAAAGGCAAAGGUGGAAAAGGAGGAAAAGGCGGAAAGAAAGGUGGCAAGGGCAAAGGCAAAGGCGGCGGCGAUGAUGACAGUGACGGCGAAGGUGGUAAAGGUAAGAAAGGUAAAGGCGAUGAUGAAUCUGGAGGAAAAGGUGGGAAAGGCGGAAAAGGAGAUGGUAAAGGUAAAGACAAAGAAGCAGGAUUUGGUGGUCCACCUCCUAACCUUGGACCCCGUAAACCAUCUCGUGAUUUGGAUGAUAGUUGUGCAGUAACUUGUUUCAGUAGCUGUUACACGCCAUCGUGUUGCCAGUGUUCAUACCCUAUUUGUUGCUACGAUGUGUGCAAUGCUUGUGGAAAGUGUUGCAGAUGAGUUCUCCAAUGCAUUUGUCUUUUUUUUUACGGUCACGAAUCUUGUUUCGGCAAAUAAUUUCAUGUUUGUUGUUUUGUUCAGUGGUUUUGAGUGAUCGUUUUUUAUUCACGGUGUUUGUUUUUUUUUGUUAAAUUUGAUUUUUACUAGGGUACUAUUGUAAUCCUGUAUGUCCUGCUCGUGGUAGGUAAUAUCGAUUUUCUACGAAUCUUAUAAUAUUUUAUGUUUCUUUUUUUUUUGUAAAGCUGUAUAUUGUCUCUUCCCUUUCAUGAUGAGUCUUACUUAUUAAAACUGGCAAUAAUUUUU